GAGGCCGAGCCAUAAAAUGAAUUCCGACUCCAGCCCGAGCAGCAGAGCCUCAUCCCCGGACAUGGAUGCCAUGUUCCUCCGAGAGCACCUCCCCAGCCACCACUUCCACCACCUGCACCCGCACUUCAACCACCUGCACCAGCAGCAGCACCCGGUCUCCUCGUCCACGCAGGCCGGCAAGAUGUCCGAGUCCAAAUCGGCCUCGUCCUCGUCGUCGGUGGAGAGCAGCAGCGGCGGCGGCGGCGGCGGCGGCGGCGGCAACAACAAGUUCAAGCUGAAGAAGCAGGUGACCGAGGAGGAGAUGUACCAGCUGCGGCUCAAGAUCAACGGCCGCGAGCGCAAACGCAUGCACGACCUCAACCUGGCCAUGGACGGCCUGCGCGAAGUCAUGCCCUACGCGCACGGGCCCUCCGUGCGCAAGCUGUCCAAGAUCGCCACGCUGCUGCUGGCCCGGAACUACAUCCUCAUGCUCAACAGCUCGCUGGACGAGAUGAAGCGGCUGGUGGGGGAGAUCUACGGCGGCCAGCACUCGGCCUUCCACUGCGGCGGCCCCGCGACGCACCCGGGGGCCGCGGCGGCGGCGGCGGCGGCGGCGGCCGCGGCGGCGGCGGCGCACCAGGUGCACCCGCUCCUCUCGUCGUCGGCCACCUCCACCACGUCGUCCGCCCUCCCGGCGCUCGCCUCCAUCCGGGGCCCGCACGCCUUGCUCAAGGGCUCGCCGCCGGCCCCCGCCCUGCAGCUGGGCUCGGGCUUCCAGCACUGGGCCGGCUUGCCCUGUCCCUGCGCCAUCUGCCAGGUGCCGCCCCCCGGUCCCGCAGCCGCCCCCGCCGCCGCCGCCACUCCUCCUCCGCCACCGCCGCCGCCGCCGCCGCCCCACAUCCCCAUCACCUCCUCCGGCCUGACGAGACUGACGGGCGAGGCCAAGGACGCCAUGAAAUGAUCAUUCCCGAGGACUUGCCGGGAUCGCUGCAUGUUGCUGUCUGUUUUCUUGUUGGGGCCAUCGAAGAAAAUGUGUCUGUUAUUUCCCUCCUUGUACCAAGGACUCGUGCUGUGACUUAAGACCGAUGCGUUGAAACUCCAAGGUAAAACAAAACAACAAAUGUCGCUGUGCAUGAACAUUUUUUGCUUCUCUUUAUUUUGUGAAAAUGAAGAUCGCUCUUUGUGCCUUGUACCAAGGACUUUA